UGCAGCUGCUACAAUUGCUAGAAGUGGCUUAGGCAGUCGGUUGAUGAACAAUGACCCGUCAGGGACCAUAGUUAGUGGAAGGGGGAGGGGAGACAGGUAUCAGGUUUCCUGAUGGAGGGGAAAUGUAUCUGAAUGGUAGUAAUCGCUGUGAAUCGAGCUCAGUCUUUCAGCACCAGCCACUCAUACCUACACAGUCUCCUCCCUUAUCUUAGAACUGGCCCAGCAGUUAAAUAGCUGUAAAGCCCUGUCUCCCUGUCUCAUUUUCCCUGAGUUCCAACAGCAAUAGUAGCAACAGCAGCUGUAGAAGCGGCAGCCAGAGAUAGGCAGGGCUGUUGCUUGCAGCCGCCGCGCAGAUUCCCUCCUCCUCGACAGACACACACACUCACACACACACCCCACAGAGAUUUUCAAUAUCAACGCGUCUUGAUAUGAAUCAAGGACUCAAAGAGAUGAGAGAAGAGCAUUAGUCAUGGACAACAGUCCUUUAAGACCUUAUUGAAACUACAAACUCAUGUCCACAGUGGUUUCCUGUUGACAGCUUGCAUAUUUUGAAAGCUUGAGGUAUUUUAUAAUGAGACAUACCAUGUGGAAACUUUGAAGCAUAAAAUUCUGCCAAACUUCUGAAGAAAGAAUUCCUCACCUGGUAUGUAAGAGAACUCCCCACCGCCACCAUGACAAACCAGGAAAAGUGGGCCCACCUCAGCCCCUCAGAAUUUUCUCAGCUUCAGAAAUAUGCUGAGUAUUCCACAAAGAAAUUAAAAGAUGUUCUUGAAGAAUUCCAUGGUAAUGGUGUGCUUGCAAAGUAUAAUCCUGAAGGGAAACAAGACAUUCUUAACCAAACAAUAGAUUUUGAAGGUUUCAAGUUAUUUAUGAAGACAUUCCUGGAGGCCGAGCUGCCUGAUGACUUCACAGCCCACCUCUUCAUGUCUUUUAGCAACAAGUUUCCUCAUUCUAGUCCAAUGGUAAAAAGUAAGCCCGCUCUCCUGUCAGGUGGUCUGAGAAUGAGUAAAGGUGCCAUCACGCCUCCCCGCACUUCUCCGGCAAAUACGUGUUCCCCAGAAGUGAUCCAUCUGAAGGACAUUGUCUGUUACCUGUCUCUCCUUGAAAGAGGAAGACCUGAGGAUAAACUGGAGUUCAUGUUUCGCCUCUACGACACGGAUGGAAAUGGCUUCCUGGACAGCUCGGAGCUGGAAAACAUCAUCAGUCAGAUGAUGCACGUGGCCGAGUACCUGGAGUGGGACGUCACAGAGCUUAACCCAAUCCUUCAUGAAAUGAUGGAAGAAAUUGACUAUGAUCACGAUGGAACCGUCUCUCUGGAGGAAUGGAUUCAAGGAGGAAUGACAACAAUUCCACUUCUUGUGCUCCUGGGCUUAGAAAACAACGUGAAGGAUGACGGCCAGCAUGUGUGGCGACUCAAGCACUUUAACAAACCCGCCUACUGCAACCUUUGCCUGAACAUGCUGAUCGGCGUGGGGAAGCAGGGCCUCUGCUGCUCCUUUUGCAAGUACACGGUCCACGAGCGCUGCGUGGCCAGAGCGCCUCCUUCUUGCAUCAAGACUUACGUGAAGUCCAAGAAGAACACGGACGUGAUGCAUCAUUACUGGGUUGAAGGCAACUGCCCGACCAAGUGUGACAAGUGCCACAAAACGGUGAAGUGUUACCAGGGCCUGACAGGACUGCACUGUGUGUGGUGUCAGAUCACACUGCAUAACAAAUGUGCUUCUCAUCUAAAACCUGAAUGUGACUGCGGACCUUUGAAGGACCAUAUUUUACCACCCACAACAAUCUGUCCGGUGGUGCUGCAGACUCUGCCCACUUCAGGAGUUACAGCCCCUGAGGAAAGACAAGCAACAGUGAGAAAAGAAAAGGGUGGUUCCCAGCAAUCAAACAAAGUAACUGACAAGAACAAAAUGCAAAGAGCCAACUCCGUUACUGUGGAUGGACAAGGCCUACAGAUCACUCCUGUUCCAGGUACUCAUCCACUUUUAGUUUUUGUGAAUCCCAAAAGUGGCGGGAAGCAAGGAGAACGAAUUUACAGAAAAUUCCAAUAUCUACUAAAUCCUCGUCAGGUUUAUAGUCUUGCUGGAAAUGGACCAAUGCCAGGGUUAAACUUUUUCCGUGAUGUUCCUGAUUUCAGAGUGUUAGCCUGUGGUGGAGAUGGAACUGUCGGGUGGAUUUUGGACUGCAUAGAAAAGGCUAACGUAGUCAAGCAUCCUCCAGUGGCUAUUCUGCCUCUUGGGACCGGCAAUGAUCUAGCAAGAUGCCUGCGAUGGGGAGGAGGUUAUGAAGGUGAGAAUCUGAUGAAAAUCUUAAAAGACAUUGAAAACAGCACAGAAAUCAUGUUGGACAGGUGGAAGUUUGAAGUCAUACCUAAUGACAAAGAUGAGAAGGGAGACCCAGUGCCUUACAGUAUCAUCAAUAAUUACUUUUCCAUUGGCGUGGAUGCCUCCAUUGCCCACAGAUUCCACAUCAUGAGAGAAAAACACCCAGAGAAAUUCAACAGUAGAAUGAAGAACAAAUUUUGGUAUUUUGAGUUUGGCACAUCUGAAACUUUCUCAGCCACCUGCAAGAAGCUACAUGAAUCUGUAGAAAUAGAAUGCGAUGGAGUACAAAUUGACUUAAUAAACAUCUCUCUGGAAGGAAUUGCCAUUUUGAAUAUACCGAGCAUGCACGGAGGGUCCAAUCUUUGGGGAGAGUCUAAGAAAAGACGAAGCCACCGCCGAAUGGAGAAAAAAGGAUCUGACAAAAGGACCACGCUCACAGAUGCCAAAGAGUUGAAGUUUGCAAGUCAAGAUCUGAGUGAUCAGCUGCUGGAAGUGGUUGGCUUGGAAGGAGCCAUGGAGAUGGGGCAGAUAUACACAGGACUGAAAAGCGCUGGGCGGCGGCUGGCUCAGUGCUCCUCUGUGGUCAUCAGGACUAGCAAGUCUCUGCCAAUGCAAAUCGAUGGGGAACCAUGGAUGCAGACCCCAUGUACUAUAAAAAUUAUACACAAGAACCAAGCCCCAAUGCUGAUGGGCCCCCCUCCAAAAACUGGGUUGUUCUGCUCCCUCGUCAAAAGAACAAGAAACCGAAGCAAGGAAUAAUCCCGCCUCGUUUCGCUCUUAGAGAUCUAAUUAGCAUAAUUGGGCCAUGGAACACUUAUGCUGGAAGUCUUUGAAACAUUUCAAGUCUCCUGCUCAUGCAAAAUCAUGGAAUUGGUUUAACAGUUUUUGUUACUGAGCUAAUGUAAAAUUCAGCUAUUAGAAAAUUUAUUGUCUCAGUUUUUAUAGGCGUCUUUGCAUGAAGAAAGCAGAAGUUGACAUGGAAUAAUACUGCAUAGUUUUGUUGCAUGCAUUCCCAUAGAUUUUUAUGUCUCCUACCCAUUCCUUCCCCAAUUUCCAUUUACUAACCUGUAAGAAAAGCCCAUACCACAUAGAAACGGAAAUGUGAUUACCACAGGAAAUGUGAUUCUCCACGUGACUGAUUAUUAAUUAGCACUAAUUAAUAAUGCUACAUUGAUCGUAACUGCAGACGGCUAUACUUUCCCCUUCUAGAAUCAAACCGCGUACCAGUGAUCUUUGACCUGUGACUUGAGGAGAAAUUUUAAUUGAAAGAUUUUAUUACAUAGUUGUCUACUUGCUGUAUCUAAACAGUUGUUCUUCGACAUCUUGAGGCUUCGGAGUGGAAUUUAAAAUAUCAGGUAUAAAGUUUUCUUGUGCUGAAAAGUAGAAAAUGGUUUUAAUUUUGUUUAGUCUUGCUAAUUCCAGACAUGAGUGAAAACCUGCUGCUUGGUGGUAAAGUGAGUGACUACGACAAGCCUUAUUCCCUUCUGCAUGUGAAUCUAGAAGAAAAUUCAUAAUCGCAACAGCAACCAAAUAGAUGUUUGAAACUAUGUGCCUAAUAAGCUGUGUUUCCCACCAAAGAUUCAGAAAAA